CUUUCGUAUAAAGAAGACUGUGUUCGCACCAAGUAACCUUUCCCCUGCUUAAAUCUUAACUAAUAUGUAAAUUGAUGUUUACACAACAUAUACGCUAAGCUCUCACCUUUUAAACCUCCAAUAAUCGGAGCCUCUGACCCAGUUUGGGCAUCUUAACCCCGGCUUCCUCCCUCCCUGCCUGCCUGUCUUGUCAUCCUUGGCUCUCUACAGGCCAUAAAAACAAACGGGUCCAUUUUUAAAUAUCGUAUUCCACAGGCUGGAUCACUAUCCAUGCUUUUUUGACGUCGUGCUCUGAAUUUUAGCUGCCACACGAGGAUGAUCACGGUAGUCUUUGUCUCCUAUUGUCUGUUCGGCGAAAUCGGCUGAGCAGAAAACACGUGGGCCGGGGAGUGUGGAGAUAUCCGGUUUGUAGGUUGCAGUGUGUUGCAUUGAUGAAAGCCAGCUAACACCUCCACUAUGGCGAACCUCACCAGGCGGCUGAACGCGGGAGAGAAGAAGGGAGCCUUGAUGUGGGCAGUAUGAGUAAGACGCCCCCUAACAGAAGAGGGAUAACAUUUGAGGUGGGAGCUCAGCUCGAGGCCAGAGACAGCCUCAAAAACUGGUAUGCUGCCAACAUAGAGAAGAUUGACUACGACGAUGAGAAAGUACUGAUUCAUUACCGCCAGUGGAGCCACCGCUAUGAUGAAUGGUUUGACUGGACCAGUCCGUACCUGAGACCCGUGGAGAGAAUUCAGCUGAGACGGCAGGGCCUGCACGACGACAGUUCACCUGGCUUUCAUGUAAAUGACAAGGUUCUGGCCAGCUGGUCUGACUGCCGUUUCUACCCAGCCAAGGUCAUUUCAGUCAAUAAAGAUGCAUCCUACACUGUGAAGUUCUACGACGGCGUCAUCCAGACGGUGAAGGGGAUGCAUGUAAAGCCUUAUAUUAAAGAGAGAGGUGGAGCUGGGGGCAGAUCUCGGUCCUCAGACAAGAACGCGGUGCGAAGGGCCCCGAACCGCAGGAGGCCGCAGGAGAACGGCUGUCCCAAAAACAAGCGCGCCCGUCGCAGCACUUCGGACCAGGACGAGGACAGCAACAGCGACGAUGAAGAGCAGGAGGAGGGCGCGGUGAACGACAAAAACCCUAAACUGAACGGCGUCUCCGAGGCCGAGCACGCCGAUACCAAACAGGAGUCGGAAACCUCGGAGCUGAACGACCCUGCGGACGCCGAGCAGGGAACGGGACUCACGAACGGCGUGAAGGUGGAAAAAGACGAGGGGGAGACGGAGGGAGAGCGCCGCGUGAACGGAGACGUGAAGAAGGAGGAGGAGGAGUCGGAGCAGAGCGUAACAAAGCCAUACACGGAGCCACCCAAGCCAUACGCAGAGAUGCAGAGCGAGUCGCCGGCGCCGACGGAGCGGGACUCUGUCACUACGACGACCGCCGAAUCCAGUGGCGAUGCAGAGCAGAAGCCAAACGUCCAAUCAGAGAGCGCACAGCCUGCAGCGGACGCACCGCCUCCUCAGCUUGUGAAACCGGUACGGAAGCAGGGCUUCCACAAUCCCAACAGAUUCAGCCGAGAGCCAUUGUACCGAGUCAUCAAAAACCAGCCUCCUCCCGUUCUGUCCAUCAACCUCGACCACAAUCCCUUCAAGUGUGGCGCUCCAGGCUGCACCAAGUCAUUCCGUAAAGCGAAGCUGCUGCAUUAUCACAUGAAAUAUUACCACGGUGAAGAGCCGCCUGCGGAGGGACUGCACAGCCCCACCAGGAACGUCCAGACCAGGGCGUCUGACAAGCAGCCUGCUGCUGCUCCUGGUCUGGACAGCUCCAAGAGACGCCGCACCAUUUCUGCCUCUAUGCACUCAGUUGGAGCUGCUGCGGCUCCACGUGGUGACAUUAAGGCUGCAGGCAGGCGCACAUCGGCCCCUCCUGCUGUCAGCACCCACAGCCACCAGCAGAGGGCGCUGCUGAGGGAGAAGAGUAAGGAGAACCAGCUGGACAGGAACCUCUGCCAGCUGCAGGACAAGGACACUGACAAGAUUUGCUUUGACAUUGGGAAACCCAAAGAGAAACCCAAACAGAAGGACUUCCUCCGCAUUAAGCUAAAGAAAAAGAAGAAGAAAAAGAAGGCCAAGUCUGAAAACACUGGUAGUGAGGAGAAUAUUGACAUCUCAGUAUUGGGUCUUCACUCCAAAUUGAAUUUGCCACUCAAAUUCCCCCUCUCACACAAUCACAAGCCUGAGGCCUACCCCAGCAGGCCCGGACACAGCUACACAGAGCAGAUACUUGUCGAUGACGAGGACAGCAUCAGCGACUGGUCCACGGACAGCUGCGGCUGGAGCGAUGACGACUUCGACAUGGACCUGGACGUCACCACGCCUCCCCUCAGCGUCGACUCCGGCGCUUUGGACUCCACCGACCAGGAGAUCGUGCGCUGCAUCUGUGAGGUGGAGGAGGAGAACGACUUCAUGAUUCAGUGCGAGGAUUGUUUGUGCUGGCAACACGGCACCUGCAUGGGUCUGAUGGAGGACAACGUCCCGGACAGAUACACCUGCUACAUCUGCAGAGAUCCGCCAGGUCAGAGGCAAAGUCUGCGCUACUGGUACGACCGCGAGUGGCUGACCAACGGCCACAUGUACGGCCUCUCCUUCCUGGAGGACAACUACUCCCACCAGAACGCCAAAAAGAUCACCACCACCCACCAGCUGCUGGGGGACGUGCACCACGUGGUGGAGAUCCUCAACGGACUGCAGCUGAAGAUGAACGUCUUACAGAGCAGCACUCACCCCGACCUCAGGCUAUGGCAGCAGCCGUGGAAGCACUUCGACCGGCCGCGGCUCGGCUCGGACUCGUGCCGCGGCAGCAACACGGCCCCGUCCCCGCUCACCCCCGACGAGGACAUGAGCAGGGGGGAGAUCCUGAUGUCCAACGCGCUGGAGAAGCUGAGCCGGGCCGCCACGGCCACAGCCUCCGCCGCCUCGUCGUCCUCCAGCUCCUCCUCCCCCUUCCCGUCUUUCCAGGACUCGUACAUCACCAGCGAACACUGCUACCAGAAGCCGCGGACGUAUUACCCAGCCGUGGAGCAGCGGCUAGUGGUGGAGACCAGGCAGGGCUCCGAGCUGGAGGACAGCAUGAGGAGCACGGAGGAGCUGCUGGAGAGGGAGCAGCGCUUUGGGAGCCUGCUGGACAUGGACAGGCCCAAGUCAACGGGCAACAGCAACAAGGCUUUAAUGGGUGUGUCAUGGUUGCACGCUGAGAGCAGAGAGGAUGAUGUGAGAAACCUGGCAGAUAACGGCCAGUACCAACAGUGGCAAAUCAACCUGCUGGAUCACAUCGACGCUGUCCAGGACGAAGUGUCUCAUAGGAUGGACUUCAUAGAACGAGAGUUGGACGUGCUGGAAAGCUGGCUGGACUACACCGGGGAGCUGGAGCCUCCGGAGCCUCUUGCGUGCCUCCCUCAGCUCAAACACCGCAUGAAGCGGCUGCUGACGCAGCUUGGCAAGGUGCAGCAGAUCUCCCUGUACAGCUCCACAUGAGGGCGCCAGAGGUCCGCUGUGGGUUAGGGCGUCUCGCGGCGACUCGCGUGGCUACGGCGGAGCGGCGGAAGAGGCUCUCUCUCUGGGAGGAAACGUUCCGACCUCGCUCAGCCUCCCGCCGUCCGAGGUGGAAUCAUAGAAAUAUCGAUAUGACCACAAACGGAAAAGCAAGCAAGCAUCCUUUGCAUCAGGAUUUAACACAAAGAGCAACCUCGUUAAAAUAAGAGGGGAAAAAAACAAUCCAGAAGGAAAUCCUUAGGACCAGAUCACACUUAACGUGGCUCUCAUGCAACUCUAAACCUUGUGAAUGCCUUUUGUCCGAACUGCCGCCGAAGGUUGCCCUCUCUCCCUCCCUCUCUCUCGGUGCACAGUGCUUUACACACAGCUUUAGAUUCAGAUUGCAGUUGUGUACUUGAACCGACGCACUCUUUGCAAUAGUGUUUCGAACACAUUUUCGCUUGGGGUCUUUUUUUUUUUUUUUUUUUUUUUUUUGCAUCUCAGACUUUGUUUUUCUCCAUCAGUCCUGCCAUAUUAAGUUGAAAAAUUUUCUUUUUUUAGACGGGUGGCGAUUUGAAGAUAUUCACUGUAAAAUUACGUUUCAAAGAGGUCUAUAAAAAUGAUCAGUUUCCUAUUAUACACUGUGAAGUUAAUUUCUGUCUCACAUGAAAGGUAGGCUCAGUUUUUGGCUCGUGUUUAUUACGUCAUCUCCUUAUUUUUACUUCUAUAUUUGUGUCGCUGUAGCAUUUUGAAGUAUGAUUCACUGGGAACUUGUAAUGUGGAUUCCUCUCAACAUAGCAUUUUGUGUAAGUGUAAUAUAUUACCUAGAACGUGUAAAUUUAUUUUUAUCUCAUUCUCUUUCCUCUGUUUUUCUUCUUCCUUCAUUGAUUCUUUUUGUUUUUAAGCCAUCAUUCAAAAUGUGUUCUGAAUAAAAAUACAGAUAUUGUAUGCUACUGUACUGUAACUGUCUGUCUUAGAAGCAGGGAAAAUGUCAACGGCAAUGCAAACAGAUCUGGAACGUAAAUAAACUAUCAUUGUUAUUAAUCUCUAA